UGUGGGUUUGAAUUUCUGGGCAUUUUUCGGGUAAGCCACAGCCAAGAAAUCAUCUCUUUAACCUUGAUUUAGGCUGGGUUAUGCUAAUUUCUGUUUAUUUCCCUAAAUUUUUGGGUAGUCCGUGAGUUUCCUGCAGCUUGCCGCCGGCCUCUUCUUCUCCCUGCAGCUCCGGUUCUUGCUGGAAAAUUCUGGUAUGAUGGCCACUUCUUUAAGCCCUAAAUUAGCCAUUUAAUUGCUGCUUUGUGUGUGUCCGAAUUGUGCCAGAAAUGGGGAGGAAUUCCAGUAGCAUUUAGUAGCAUUUUAAAUGUGUUUUAAGCUUGAUUAAGUGGAAUUGAGCUUGAAUUAGCUGCUGUGAUGUUUUGUGUGAAAAUUCCGUGUGUGUGAAUUGUGAUUUGCCAAAGUUAUGCUCUCCCUGUGCUGCCGUGAGAAAUGGGAAAAUUUUGGUAGAUUAAGUUAUGUUUUUAAGCUUGGUUUAAGUUCGGAGUUACUGUUCACGUCGUGCACUGUUCACAUGUACUGUUCACAGAACACUGUUCAUACCCCGAGAGUCAACAAUUAACGAGGAUUUAAAUGAUUAGUUUGUGAUAUAAGAACGAAUUUGGAGAUAUCUGAUCAUGUGGAGAUUUAUGGAAAUAGCUUUGUGAUUAGGAAUGAUCCUAAUGAUGAUUUCAGUUUGAAUUUGUGAUAGUGGUAUUAAUUCUUGAAAUAUCUUGAUUAGGUUCUUGAUCAUCCUGUCAGUUUAGUACGUGAAUUGAGUGCUCAGUUUUGCGGAGUGAGGUAAGUAAAAUUAUGGUAACGCCCUUCGACUUUUUAAGCAUGUUUUGAUUUGUUUUGAAAUGGUGGCGGGACUAAACCCGUUUUACACGAGCAUGACGGAUUUGAAGUGAAAUGUUUUAUGCUUUUCAUUAAAUUGAGCAUGCCUACUUGAAAUUUAAGUGAUUGUCCUGAUGAUCUGAAAGUGAUUGUGAAUCGUGAUUUUCCUGUUAAUUUCUGCCUGUUUUGUCUCCGAUGUGGUCAUGUUAUUCGUGACCCUGCUAGUGGGGGAGGUUAAACGCUAGCACAUGUCGACAUGUAUUUCUGUAGAACCGGUUCGUUUCUGUUAUCCUGCUAGUGGGAGUUAAACACUAGCAAUUCCUGUUGCCUGCCAGUGGGAGUGUUAAACACUGGCUGUGACCUAUGGAGGAGACGUCUAUUUCGUUCCUGUACUGUAUCCGUUUUUGAUGAUUUCACUUGUUGGCAUGCUAUAAGUUUAAUUAAGGGCAAUCCAUAUUUUACUUAUUGAGUUUAUCUUAUAGUUUUUCCUUGUCCACCAUUUCAGGAAGCAAAACCGAGGAUGGGGAAACCACGGGAAGUGACGAGUUAGAAGGCUAGCCAUUGUAAUUGAUAUAGAUUUUAGAAAUAAAACGUGAUCUUGUAAGUUAGAGUGUAUUUGGGGGAUUUUGAUGAUAUCAGAGUAAAUUUUAAAGUUGAUCUUCGGAUUUUGGUGAUAUUAGAUUGUAAAUUUGAUAAGUUCUGAAUCUUGU